AUGAUCGAACAGAUUGAAUUCACCUCAAUUACGGCGUCAAACAAUAUGUUCCGCAUCGUGGAAUCAGAGAAACGGCCUAAAUUCUUAGUGGUUCCGUCCGGACAGAUAAUCUUCUUCUCGCUAACCAGAUAUCGUCGUCGUGGUUGUCGUGGUCGUGGUCGGCUAGUCUCAUCUGUCGUCGUAACGUGCGACGACUGUUAUGCGGCACCUGCUCCUGUCCCAGCACCAGCUCCAUACGCGCCUGCUCCAGCAUAUGCUGCACCACCACCACCACCACCGCCUCCACCUCCACCACCACCACCACCUCCACCGCCACCAUCAUACGGUGGUGGCCAGGGUGCCGGUGGCCCAUACGCUUCACCUCCCAUUGUUGUACCAACAAUCGUAAUUCCUUCCGGAGGCGCAGGAGGUGGUGUACCAGGAGGUGGACCAGCACUAGGCGGGACAUAUGCGGGUGCCGGUGGUGGUAUCGGAGCCGGCGAUGCUGGCCUAGGAGGAGGUGUAGGCGGUGUUGGAGGAGGAUCAUACCAAGGACCAGCAGUUGGAGGCGGUCCAACCAUUGGUGCAGGUGCUUACUCCCAAGGACCAGCAAUUGGCGGUGGAGGUGUAGGAGGCGCCACCUAUGCACAAGGUCCAGCCGUUGGAGGUGGAGGUAUCGGAGGUGGAGGUAUCGGAGGUGGAGCCUAUCAGCAAGGUCCAGCCAUUGGAGGUGACGUUGGAGGCAUAGGAGGAGGCAUCGGAGGAGGUUCCUACGCACAAGGUGGAGGAGGCGGUGGAGGCAUUGGAGGAGGUGCAUACGCACAAGGUGGAGGAGGCGGUGGAGGCAUUGGAGGAGGUGCAUACGCACAAGGUGGAGGAGGCGGUGGAGGCAUUGGAGGAGGUGGAUACGCACAAGGUGGAGGAGGUGGUGGAGGCAUCGGAGGAGGUUCCUACGCACAAGGUGGAGGUGGUGGAGGCAUUGGAGGAGGUGCAUACGCACAAGGUGGAGGCGGUGGAGGCAUUGGAGGAGGUGCAUACACACAAGGUGGAGGAGGCGGCGGAGGCAUCGGAGGUGGUUCAUACACGCAAGGUGGAGGAGUCGGAAUUGGAGGUGGAGUAGGGUACCAACCAGGACCAUCCACCGGAGGUAUCGUAGGCGGAGGUGAAAGCGCGGGACUCGGAUCUUAUCAAGAUUCAGCCGCAGCAGGUGGAAACGGAGGUGCUUACCAUGGUCCUUCUGUGGGUGUCGGAGGACAAUCAGAAAUCGCACCAGCCGCUCCUCUGCCCGGACCAACUUACCAGCAAGGACCUGUUGAAGGCGGCAGCGAACAGAUUGAAGUGAAGCCAGAGACGGUUGUCACAGAACCCCAAGAGCCUGAGGUCACCGUCACAGAAACACACGUUGAACCGGUUGACUCAGGUUCUGAACAAGCGCAAAUUGAAACUAAACCUGGUCCUGCUCCAGUUCCGGCGCCAGUGCCAGUACCAGAGCCAGCUCCAGCACCAGCUCCAGUACCAGCUCCUAGCCCAGCUCCGGCUCCGACGAUCACUGAAACCGUUCAUCAAAUAGUUACUGAUGCUCCCAAAGAGGAAUCAAGCUACGAUGACAUUGUUGAAGAGCAGCAAACUGCUGACAACGCUCAACACCCAUCUGGGGCCUCUCCGGCAACCAAUGAGGUUGACUACGCAAAUGAAGGAGGCGAUGAAGGGAACUGUGAUGAUGCCGAAUUGAAGGCUAUUGUUGAAGGAGCUCUUGGAUCUGAGAGGGACAACCUUGAAGCCGCUCGUAAGAUUGAAAGCGACGCGGCAGCAAAGUUCGGUGGUCGAUUUAACGCCAUAGUUUCGGACGCGGAAUUUGCGUACGUGAACUGGUACGGUAAACGAAACUGUCAACUACGUGUCGGAAAUCGUCAUUCGCUCACCUGGGAGGACUAA